AUGGAUGCCUUGUUUGGCGGCGCCUCCGAGGCAGAAGCUGGCGCGCCCGAUGCUAGCCACACGCCGCUGCCUUCUUCCUUCGCUCCUCACCUUCCUGCUCAGUCUGCCUCUCCGUUUUGUCUCGCCCCCGUCCACAGCUCCGCUCUCCUCUCGGGGCAAUUCCCUUCCUCACUGCCGUCUGCGAGUCCAGAUGGACUCAGACCCAGCAGCCUGGCGCCCAGUGCAGCGGCGCCGCCCGCGAGCUCCCCAGGCAGUCACCUCGACCGCGCGGCUGCCCUGUGGCCGAGUUACCCUCUUGAAAAGAGCGAGAGUCCUGCGCAAGGCUUCGAUUCAGCGAGACGCUCGCGCUUUCCCCUCCCGGGGCCAUCCGCCCGACAGUCCCGCGACAUCCUCAGCCUGCCGAGCGUCGCACGCUGCGUCUCCACUUGUCUCCAACACCUGCGAGUUGCCCAUGCAGAGGCGCACUGGGAGGCUAUCUACAGCCUCUCUGAAGAACUUCGAAAGGCACUGCUGGUCCCGGCCUCGGCGCUCCCGCAGCGCCUCAGGGAACCCGCACAGGGCGGCACAGCCUGCAAGCACCUGGCCGAAGACGGAAAAAGCGGAAGGGAACGCGGCCACGAAGAGCGGAAGGGGAGUCACGGAAGGGACUCCGGAAAUGACGAGAGCGCGCAUGCGUCGUCUCUCUGUCCCGUCGCCCCCGCCUCAGAAGUCCCACCAAAACCCCUCGAGGCGGGGACGGGACAACCCGGAGCGGGGCAACCCGACUCGUCGGACGGUUCCCCGCGGGACGGUGGCCUCGAGGCGCCUCACGUGCUGAUCUCGAGUCAGCCUGACGCCGCGCCGCCUGAGUCCGGGGCGAGACAGCUCUCGGAUUCGCUCCCUGAUCUUGUGUUUCCUGGAGCCGGGGCCUCGAGAGGAAGCGUCUGCGAGGGGCUGUCUUCGAACGGGUCUCCGCCUGGCGUUCUCGCCUCGUCGUUCGCCUCCUGUGCGCCUCACGAGCACGCCGGCACGUCCGCCAGCUUCCAGAAAAGCUCAUCUUCUCUCCUCCACCAGCUUUGCUCCACGCUGGCCGUCCCUCUCCGCUCCUCGUUUCGAGGCUCGCAGGCAGGCAGAGACAGAAGGCCCGGUCGGGAGGGCGACGACGAGGAGUCCGACGACGACUUCCUCUGGCCAGGAACGAGAGACAAGGACGCAGAGGGCGAGAAGAAGCUGCGCCGCUCGCGCCUGCGGCACAGUGCCUUUGUGGAGUUCUAUGAGGCCGAGAUUGAAGCCUGUCUCCACCUCGGGAGAUACAACGAGGCGGCGGCUCUGGUGAAAGAGUUCGUCAAGGACGAACGAACUGCGGACGGGACCCGAGAGACACCCUCGGGCCUGGCGGCCCCGUUGAGGGCCCUGUGGGCCCGAAGGGCGCAGGAGACGAGGGCGGCAGAUGGCGACGACGUGGGGGACGGGAGAGCCUGCGAUACAGCGGGAGCGCGGGAGGUUGCUGCGAACGCACAAGACGGGGGUGGAUACGCGAGCAAAGUGAAAACGCCUCCUCGGCACUCCGACGCGAGGACACCAUGCUGCGAGGACCCGAAGCGUUCCUGCGCAGACAUGCCCGCCUUCUCUCUCCUCCCUUUCCUUCGACCUUCCCAUGCCUGCACACAACGCGCGACUCACCGCGAUGCACUCGCCACUCCUUCGUCUCCCCUCUUUUCUUCUCGCUGUGCUGGUCCUACUUUUCCUCCAUUGGAUGUGUGGCUCUUGUGGCUGAAGACGCUUGUCCGCGCUUCGUCCUUUAGAGCGCUGCACGAAGCUCUGCUCGCGUCGCCGCCUUCCGCCAUCUGGGCCCUCCUUGAGACGUGUCUCCCUCUGUCUGCAUGCGCAGUCGAGGCACGCAGCAGCUUGGCCCUUUUUGAUCCGCUUCAGCCUCUCUUGUCUCUGUUUCUCUCCGCCAGCCCUCCCCCUGUGGAGAUGGGGACCGAUCGCGGCGACUCCGCGGCGUCCACGGCUCAUCUCUGCUCUCCCUCCAAGUCGGAAGGCCCCCAGCUGCGCCCGCCGGACCUCGACGGCACGCCCCGUCGCCGGGGUGUUUCGAGUCUCUCCGGAGGCGACAAACGCCACGCUUCGUUCGUCUUCUUCUCCCCCUUCUUCUUCUUCCGGCUCUUUGCGCGGCAGCCUGCAGCUCGGCAGAUGCUGGUCCUCGAGGCGCUGGCGACGAUCGGGCUCCUGUGCAGCCUCGCACGCCUCCACGCCUUGGCUCGGGGCUUCUACGAGCUUGUGCUGCUGCUGGCCUGUCCCCCGAGCGCUCUGCUCGCCAAGCGCCGAUUCCCGGAACUUCCCACCGCCGCCGCAGCCCUGCUUCUGCGUCUCCAAGCGCGGCAGACCCUCGUGCAUGCGGACUGGAUCGAGGCCUUCCGCCCCGCUGACCACCUGGCUUCAUCCUCGGGGGCCCACGCAGGGUGGGACGCCUGCGACGUGCUUGUCCGGGGUUUCGCCCUCACCCCCCCCUCCCGCGCUCGGCCGCCUGGCGCCUCGUUUUCGAGCCUCUUCUUGGCGUUUCUCCCCUGCUUCGUGGAGCCGUUUUGGGCCCGCGUCCGGCGCAGCCGUCGCCUGGCCUCGCUCUCAGGCCCCCUCGGCGCCGUCGUCGACUUCGCGGAUAUCCAGUACUUGGCGUGCCAUCACUCCCGGCUGUCUCGGCCCCUGGCUUCGGAGGCCUUUUUCGCGCUCGCCCCGCGCUGUCGCUCCAGACUGAGGGUCCGAAGGCCCGCGGGGCGCGACCCGGAGCCUGGCCGAAAUCCCAGCGGACCAGCUGCGCUCGGCAAAGGCUUCUCCUUUCGUCACGCGUUCCUCCCUCAUGACCGCGCGAAGCUCGAGGCGAAGAUGUCGCUGCCGGUUCGUGUCUCCACGAACGACUCCACCCGCCGCGAGGGCCUCACUGGGUCAGAGGCGCCCGAGUCCGUCUGUACGGGCCUGAAGGCCCCGUCGAUCCCCACGUCGCAUGCGCCCUCCAUCGCGUCGACCCCCCGCGGGGGUGGCGGGAAGCCUGCGUGCGACGCUGCGGCUUCGAUGCUGCUGGCCCACGCGAACGGGGACUUCCCGCCCUCGUGGGCCGGACUCACGGGCCUCGAGCGAAGCCUUCGACGCUGGCGAACGGAAGCAGAAGACGGCGGCCUCGUCCGGGGCCUUCUCGCAGAGCCCCUCGUCCCGUUCGACCGCGGAACCCUCACGGGGCUCGGGAGGAUCCGCCGGCGUGCGUUCCUCGCGGCGCAGGCUCUCGUUGUCGGGCCCAUGGCCUCGUUGAGCACACAGAGCAGCAGCGCGAGGCGCCGCGCCUACUGGCAGCUCCACGAAGAGUCGCAGACGGCGCGGGCGCUUCGCGCUGCAGCCGCCUCGGGCUCCAGGCGCUCGAGCGCCUCUGAGUCUGGCGCGCGAACCGUCGGAUUCUCGCCUCGGGGCUGCGGGCUCGGCGCGCCGUUCGACGGCGACGGCUCUGGAAAGCGCAUGAAGCGCGGCACCUCGACCGAAAGCGCCGGCGGGCCGCGAGAGUCCGUGUACGCCUCGAUUCGGCGCGCACUGUCCAAGACCUUUCGGAAUUCCCUGGGAGCUGGCGACGCGGGACAGGACGGCGUCGAGAGGUUCGCGUCGCUCCCGCGCGAGACGCCCAUUGGGGCCCACGGGUCGGGGCCGAGCUCGUCGCGGGCGUCGCGGCAGGCCUCUUGGCAAGCUGAGGAAACGGCCGACGACGGGCGAGGCGCGGGGGGCGGGCUUGCGACUGUGGAGACGCGAGACGUCUUGUGGGAAACGUGGAGACUCGCAGACGAGAGCGAAGAAACGGAGGAGUGGGCUACGGUGUUUGGAGACUCCAGUGCGGCACCGCAGUUGGGGGGUGCGGGCCCUGAAAGCGGUGUGGACGCCACGCUCGCGUCGCAGCUAGCUGCGAAAGGUGCGCGGUUCGCUGCAGGCAGAGUGUAUGCGGAGGCGGCUCGAUGCGUGCAUGUCUGCGGCUCGCUUUUGGCCUUUCUGCCUGCAUGCGCGCUCGACGCGCGGUUCGUCUUCUCUCUCCAUCUGCAUCAACUGAAGGAAUUCGCAAACUACCGAUCCGGCCCCUUCAAGCGCAGCCGGCUCGCCAGUCUCCUCGCCCUGUGCUGCUGUCGACCUGGAGACGCGGAUGAGGAUCCUCUGAAGCUGUACGCCUCCGCGGUCGUCCGUGACUUGCGUCGCCUCGAGGCGAAGGCCCCGGAGGCUUAUCGAAACACGACGACUGGAGCCGCGGCCUCUCCUGCUCUCGAAGGGGCUGCACAAGUCGCCGCGACCCGCGACGCUGAGGCGACCGGCGGGCCGGAGACAGGGCGAGGCGGGGCGAGGGAGCGGACCGGGACCCGCCGGCUCGGGUCGCCGAAGUGCGUGCUCGGGGCGCCCCUCGCGGAGGCUUCCCGCCAAGCUGCCAGGGCUGUCGGGAUGGCCAUGGAAGCCGAGCGGAGACACGCCUUGCGGGUGCGCGGGCCUGGCGCAGGCCUGGAACGCCGAGGAGGAGGCGAAGCGGAUAAAGAGGGGAGUCAUAGGCCAACAGAGCUCUUUGCCCCGGCGUCGGGAGAGAACUCCGUGGUCCCUUGGUCCCGGGGACGGAGGGGGGGCGAUGGUGGUGGAGAAGAGAACGGCGAACGAGCCGAUGAAGACGACAUGGCCCUCCUGUGGGGCGGCGGGACCCGUGGGGGGUCAGCUGUCAUCAACAGCCUCCUCGCCUUCCUGCUGCAAACCAGUGAACUCAGCGCGCUGCUGCUCCUGCCCUAUGCCGUGUACUCUGUUCAGAGCGGCGAGAGCGUUCUCGAGCUUCGCUGGGAGGGCCGAGAGGAGACAGUGUCCCCGAAGGCCCGUGGGCCCUACAGCAGAGUUCCUGCGCCAGGCGAGACAGCCGAGCGCUGGGUCCAAGCCUGCAUGGUGAAGUAUGGGGUGCCUGGGCGCGGCGGGGGCGGAGACGCAGCCGAUGCCACUGGGACUGCGGGCGUGGCGCUCCCGCAGCUAGCCAACCUUUUGGAGCAGACAGCUCUCCUGUCUCUGUCUUCGAAAUUCAGCGAGCGCCUGAUGCAACGUCUUCUCGAGCGCCUCGCACUCACGCAGUUUUUUCAGGGGAACUUCCAUCUCUCUCUGGCGGCCUUGGGCCAGCUGGAGGAGAAGAGGAAGUCUGCGUUUCGGUCCUUUGAAGACGCAGACGGCGUUCGGCUCCUGGACGGAGCGGCCAUUGAGAAGUUGUUUGGCGACGGAAACGCCGGACGCUUUUCCUCGGGAUUCCUCGCCUCCGUCAAGGCGAAGUUGUUGCUGACCUACCUGCAGAGACCCGCCACCGCGGGGCUCGCCGUGGCGGAGGCGCUUACGCGCGUCGCCUCCCUCCAGCGGGAGCGAAAGGAGCGAUACGGCGAAGAGCAGGGAGGGAGUCCGUGCCGGGCGGGGGACCAAUCGAGUCCAGCGAAGGGGCGAACGGACGCCGGAAACGCGCAGCCGCUCUCUGCGGCGGCGGUCGCCACGAGUGGAGACCCGGAAGCCGGGGCCAGCGGGCGUGGGGUCGACACUCACGCCGAGGCCAGGGAGUCAGCGAGAGCCGCAGGCGGGGCCCGCGAGCGUCGCGACACGCAGAACACAGAGCCGACACCGAGAGGUGCCCUGUGGUGCGCGAGAGGGCGCCUCCUCCGAACCCCGUUUCGGUCUCUUCGUCCCCCGACUUCGUCCCAAAGAGACGAGGCGACAACGCUGAACCUCCUGCUUCUCCUCGGUCAGGCCGCGCUCGUGCAAGCUCGCCAAACCCGCCUGUUCGCCCUACCUGCGGGUCUCCUGCCUGCCGACCCGCUGCCGGGCUGCUCGGCGAGCAGUGUCUCGUCGCCACAGGCGCAGUCUGAAAAGGAGACACUUCAAGAGGGCCCGCCCGCGAGGGGACGCGGUGCCGAGACGGGCGAGAAGACUGACUCGGCCCAGGCAGGCGGCCCAGGAAAAGUGCAGGAGUCUGCCGCUUCGCCGGAGUCUGCGGCCACCAAGAACGAGAGCGGCUUUCUGGAGUACCGCUUCGGAGACGAGAGAAAAGCUGAAAUCGCCACGUACCCGAAUCUCGUGAAUCGGGCCUACCGGUGUGGGACGUCUGCUCUGCGCCUCUGGGGUGGCGCCGUCGAUGCCCGAGUGUGGGCCCUCCUCGCCUGGACGGCCAUGCAUGCAUUUGACCUUCCCGCCUGUGCGGAAUUCGCGCGCAAGGCGCUCCUUCUGGAUCGCCGAGACACGCGGGUCUGGCUUCUGCUCGCCUGGUGCCAUUCGGGCCGCCUGCCAGCCCUGCCGCCGUCCCACGACGACUACCGACGCAGACGCUUGUCAGCCUCGGAGACUCGGUGUGGGGUCGGCGAGGGCCAGAGACAGUCCCGAGAAACAGGUGGGAGUUCUGGGCCCGUGUCGGACAGGACCUGCCCCGCGGUCGGCGAACCCGCAGACAGCCGCGCCUCGACCUCCGCGCAGGACGCGCUCUCGGGAGGCCCCUCAGUGUGGGGUUUCGGGACGGAGACGGCCUGUCCCCGCUUCCCUGCGGCUCCCGUUCUCCAGGGCGAUAGUCGCUUGGACCGGCUCGCUGUCGGUUGCGCCGCGGCCUCGCAGUGUGUCCCCGUGGAGUCCGGCCUCGUGCCGUUCCUCAACGUCGUGCACAGCGCCGUUGCGGAACACCCCACAAGUCUUUCGCUGGUGAUGGCCAAGGUGUGGACCCAGGUCCGUCACUCGCCUUCGUUUCGUCUCUUCAGCUACGGCGAGAGCCUCGGACACGCUUCACCCGAGGGCCAGGCUGCGCUUGGCCCUCUCGACAACUUCCCGUCUCGCUCCCAGGGCGCGAGCCGGCGACCGCAGCAGACGGACGCUCGACAUUCGGAGGCCUGUGGCGAGGCUGCGACUCGAACGCAAGGCGUCUCUGGUGUCGCCGCAGGGAACACGGGAUGGGCCUCAGCCCCCGACUCCGGGGAGACGCACGGAGUGGCUGAAGCUCCAUCUGGGCGUGACAGCGGCUCCCAGAACCGCCUAGACGGAGGCCGGGACGAAGAGGGAGGGGACAGAAAGCCCUCGCAUGCGGAAAACAACGCGCCUGCUGGCGGCACCUGCGGAGCUGCGGCGGGUCCAGCCCACUCGGGUGACUGGCGUGUCUCCUCUCUUGCAUCUGUGGCGCGCGAAGACCCUGGUGGCUGCCGCCUCAGCGACCGGACCCGAGGAGAUAAUUUCGAAGCGGCGGAGGGCGAUGCGAACACCUACACCUGCUGCGGGCUGUUUUGGCUAGCUGAGGAGCGGCGCCAUGCAGCGCUCAGCAUGGAGACCCCAGCUGUGUCUCCGUCGAACGCCACUCCUUCUUCAGGCGGCGCUGGGAGUCCCUUUCUCCAUGCACCCACUCCGGCCACGACGAGCGACAGUGGAGACAGCGAGGCAGAGGGCCUUCCUGGGUUCGCGAGGUCUCCGCGGUUCUCGCGUUCGCCUUCCGCCGGCUCCGAGAAACUCCACGGCGGCUGCGGGCCGGAGGCAAGGCCAGGAAGUGGAUUGGACGACCCGUCUCGCGUCUCUUUCCCCCUCGCGAGACCGCUCCGCGAGAGGUGGCGCUCGCAUGGCAAACCCUGCGGGGCUCCGCAGCCGUUUGUUCGGGCACCUUGGGGUGCGCGCCUCUUCUCUGUCGAAGCGAGUCUCCAACACGUCGAGGCCUUCUUCUCCGCUGUGGGGCGCCACGUUCACAAGACCAGCCUUGCCGUCGCUCCAACUGCGACGCACAUCUGCUUCAGCUGCCACGCCGCGCGCCACGUCCAUUUGCUUCCGUGCGCGAUGCAUGCGCUUCAGCGCCUCAGCGCGGAGCUGGCCAGCUUAGGUCCAGGCUCUUCCUUCUGUCCAUCGCUGCAGGGAUGCAGCGCGGCGGCCGCGCGUCUAGACGUGCAGAGGCCGCCGAGCGGCCUCUCUUGUUUCCCCGCUGCCUCGGACGAGAGCCACAGGCUAGGCCUCGCGCACUCCCUUUCCUGGGUUGCCUUUGCGGCAGCGUCUGGCGACGGGACCGCCGCAGAGCGAGGUCUGAGUGAGGCGGAGAUGCAGACGCUUCGCGAGAACAGGGUUCUCUCUUCCGUGCCGGGAGACGUCCAACUCGCCACGGCCUCCACUCUUUGCAGUGCAUGCGUUCUCCACGACUGCACACGCGAGCCGUCGUUGUACGAAGCAGCGAGGCAGUUCGAAGCCGAGACACCUGCAGAGGUGGAGACGAGAGAGGACGAACUGCAAUCCGGUGCGGGAUGCCUCCUCACUGACCCCUACAGUCCCUUCUACUUGGGCUCCACGACUCCAGGGUCUGCAGUGCAGAGCGCUGGAAGCCACAGGGACGUGGACACGAGGAGAUCCACUGCCCUCGGAGGCGUCCUCGACGCCAAACACAUCGAAAGGGAGACUGUCGGCUGGAUGGUUCUGGCCGAGCUGCUGUGUCAUCUGGGAGCGGCGUCCUCCUGCGUCGGAGCCGCCCUUCAAAUUGCAGGGCUCUAUCUCCACUGUCUCCGCGGGGUCGCGGCGACGGCAGUCGUGGAGCCCAACCGCGACGGGCCUCAUGCGCGCUCGCCUGAGGAGCGACGCCGCAGGGGAAGCAGCGGAGCGAAUGAAGCCUGCAAGCGAAGAGACGGAAACUCGAGCCCGCGGCGCCGACGGCAUUCGAGUGUCGGGCUCUCCACGAAGCACACCGGGCGACGACGCGCCGGCGGCGGCCCGAGCUGGCCAGAAGGCGACGGCUCGCCGCAGCGCCAUGAGGCUUGCCCCUCGAGGGGACACGGAGACAGUGUGUGUCAGCGGUGUGGGUUCGCGGGGCGCCCCGCUGCAGAGGAGCUCGCAGGUCGCGUCGGGCAGUUGCAUGUGUGGCCGACCUCGUGGGGACACCUGGCCUGCCGCGGAGACACUCCAGAGACGGACCCGCUGGGAGUGGGAGCCCAACGGGGUGAGCCCCGCAGCGAGCAGUGUCUCUCGGGCGCGCCGGAGAACGGCCAUCCGACCGAAGGCGUCUGGAGCUCCAGUCCAGGGCCGCCGCGCUCAGGCCUAGGGUGGGCUCCCGGGGAACUUCUGGGAGUGAAGUUGCAGUUUCUGCGGCUCUAUGCCGAGUAUUUCUACGCCGAAGAGGAAGAACAGAGGUUGAAGGCCGAGGUGGAGUUCCAGGCCGUUCCGCGUCUCCAGAGCGCCUUCGCGGCUUGGACCCCCGUGCGGAAUGUGUCGCUCUUCUCCGGUGUCUCCGAGGCCGGCAGCGGGGUCGGGGACAGCAGCGAACGGCGCCACCGCUCCGCCCCUCACUCGCGCAGCUCCUCUGUCGAAGGCCCGCUGAAGAAAACGUCCAGGGUUUUCACUGGCCACGAGAAACCGUUUCCUUCCCUUCGUCUCUCUGGGUUUCGGCGCAGCCUCCACGGGAGCUGCGAGGCCGACGGGGGUGUCUCCAAGGCCUUACCGUGCUGGGACGAGGGCCUCUGUUCGCCGGGGCCGCUGCAGGCCUGUCCCCCCAGCUGCGGGGCCCAAGGCGACACGGUUGCCGCAGAGCUCCGCGAUCCCGGCGACGUCUCCUUCGCAGGCAUCACCGCCGCUGCAGCGGCUGCGGCUCUCGCGACGAGCGCCGGAGGGCCGAGCGACGGCGCGGGCGUGUCUCCUCCCUGGGACGGGGCUUGGAGACUCCCGUGCGGGGCUUCCACAGGUCGGCCCGACCCCCGAAGCUCACGGUGCCUCUCCAGGCUCCUCGAGAAGGUGCGCGAAUUCCGACGCCUGCACCCGCACUCACGCCCCGCGCAGAUCCUUGAGGCUCGGCUGCUGUACAGACAGCGGAACCUCGCCAAGUGCUUGGCCCUCUUGGAGGGUCUCGCCGCCCUCGAGACGGAGGAAAUGUGUCUUGACGGAGACACGGACUUUCUCCAGGAGAGCCUCGGCGCGUAUCUGCACGGGAAGUGUCUCCAGGCUUUAGGCCAGUUCGAGACGGCGGCCAGGGCCUUCGAACGCGCCAUGCGUCUGUACUUCAACGCCCCCAUGCUGAAGACAAGCUUGGUGGAAAUCGACGCGCUGCUGGGAUGA